AUAAAAAAAAUAAAUCUUCAAGGACUGAGGAGGAAGGAACUAACCAUUAAUGAAAUAAGGAUCAUGAAGAGGUGUAGGAGUCCCAAUGUUGUGAAAUAUUUAGACAGCUACCUUGUGGGCGAGGAACUCUGGCUGGUUAUGGAGUACAUGGAUGGAGGCGCUCUGAGUGAUAUCAUCUACAAGACCUGCCUGUCUGAACAUCACGUUGCAUCCAUCAGUCGGGAGUGCCUGCAAGGACUGCAUUUUCUUCACUCAAACCAUGUGAUCCAUCGAGAUGUGAAGAGCGACAACAUCCUUCUCAGAACCGACGGUUCUGUCAAGCUGACUGAUUUUGGCCUCUCUACUCAGCUCACCCCUGAGCAGAGCAGACCGUGCUUGGUAGCUGGGACUCCGUGGUGGAUGGCACCUGAAGUGGUCACAGGUCAACCAUAUGGCCCCAAAGUGGACAUAUGGUCUUUUGGAAUUGUGGGGAUUGAAAUGGUAGAAAAAGAACCUCCUUACUGGGACCAAAGUCAUACCUCGGUGCAGGAAUUAAGUGUGUCCCAGCCAAAAACGUCAAACCAUAUUGCACCCCAGAACGUGUUGACGAGUCCAAAACUGAAGAAGCAAGUACACAGACGUGAACGAAACAGAGGGAUCAUGGGUCACACCUGA